AUGGCACCGAAUAAGAUUAUCAUCGAUACGGACCCUGGCGUCGAUGAUAUCCUGGCUAUGCUCCUGGCGUUCUCGGCUAAGAGCGAGGAGUUGGAUAUUCUCAUGUUGAGUUUGACGUUUGGGAAUGUCGAGGUUAAGAAUUGUCUACGCAAUGUGGUCACGCUGUUCCAUUAUAUUGAGAAAGAGAGAGCGUGGAGGAAGGAGAAUGGCAGGCCUGAGGGGUUUGAAACGUUGGGUGCGAGGAAACCUAUUGUUGCUGUUGGUGCCGAGGAGCCAUUGGCGGAACAUAUGAUGGUCGCGGACUUCUUCCAUGGGAUUGAUGGGUUGGGAGGUAUACAUCACAGUCACCCACAUCUCUCACCAGAAGAGACGUGGAAGUCACUCUUCACACCUCAGCCGAAGAACAUGCCGGCUGAAGAAACCAAGGCGCUGCAAAAAGUCAAGGAGAAACACUCGCUCUUCACGCCAUCGCUGAAGCCCGCACACGAAGUCAUGCUCGACUUGCUGAGGGAGAAUGAGCCUGAUACGGUUACUAUCGUGGCAGUCGGACCUCUGACCAAUCUUGCUAUCGCUGCUGCGCAAGAUCCCGAGACGUUCUUGAAGGUCAAGGAGGUAGUCGUAAUGGGCGGUGCCAUCGAUGCGCCUGGAAACUUUACAAUCUCACCCUUCGUCGCAUCCUUUCCAGCUCUACGCAGCUCUGGAAAGCCACCCACAGCGUCGUCCACCCCCACCCCUCCACCUAAUAUACCACCCACAUACCCUCUCCAUCCCCGUCCCCCCUUCAACCUAAUCAAACAACCCAACACCCCCCUCCGCCACUCACUAAAUCUCCGAAACCAGAUGACCCCCGGCGCCGAAUUCAACACCUACGCCGACUCCGUAGCCAGCGCGCGCGUCUUCGCCCUCACAUCCGCAAACCCGCACCUCACCAUGCCCCCCAUGCUCUCAAACCCCCAGAAGAAGCACCAACUACCGGCGUACCCAAAAACACUCAGCAAGCGCCUAACCAUCAAACUCUUCCCGCUCGACACAACAGAACUACACGUCCUGCCCAAAACCAUGUACGAAGACUACAUCGCCCUAAAACCCAUCAAAGGCUCCCCCCUCUCCGAAUGGACCAGCCUAUUCCUCACAUCCACAUUCGCAAAAAACUCAUCCCUGAACCCUCAACAAGAUCCCACGAAAUCCGGACUCCAACUCCACGACCCGCUGACGAUCUGGUACGCUCUAUGCCCCUCCAACCCGCUAUGGAAGUUCAAAGAGGAGGAUGUGAGGGUCGAGACGAGUGGGCAGUGGACGAGGGGGUGCACGAUUGUGGAUCGGAGGGGGAGGCCGGUUACGGAGGGGGAGAGCAGUUUGGACGAGGAGGUUGUGGGGGAUGCGGGGGGGUGGAGGGAUAGUAGGAGGGGGAAUCGGGUUGGGUGGUGUACGAGGAGUCCGGGGGAGGGCAAGUUUGCGAGGGUGCUGCUGCAUAGGGUUUUGGGGGAUGGGGAGCAGUGGUAG